AUGGCUUCUACCCGGCAAGGCGACGGCGGGCCUCCGCCUCCCCCUUCCGACAACACGCCCUCUACGUCGACCUCGCCGCCGAGCGCUCCAGACUCGAGAUCACCGAGCUUUCCGCCUCCCGCACGCUCGUCCACCGCGGCAUCUCUCGCCUCCACGGCGACCAACCGCUUGCGCUCCGCGUCGCUCAAGCUGCUCGACACAGACCUGCCUCCCGGCUUCAUGGCCGCGACGGGCGUGACUGCGGCGCGCAUGCAUUCGAUUUCCGACAUCCGGCGCGGCAGCUUGGGCGGCACCGGCAACAACAGCCCCGUCACCAGGAAUAGUAGCGACGAUCAGAACGGGUUGCGAAAGUUUAGUAGGACGGGGACAGGGUUGAGCAUGGUGAGCAAGGGGAAAGGUGGCGCCGCGGAAGAGUUGAAGGAGGAGGAAGAGAUCAGGCAGGGUGUUGUUGAUGGUGGGAGCGAAGCUGUUCUUGGAGAAAGAGGGACGGAGCUGGAGACGUUGAGGUCUGUGGCGAAUAGACCGUCGGCAGCGGCGGACGAGCGGGCUGGUGAGGCGGACCUUUCAAACACGAAGAAGUCGACCGCGUCAAGUGCGAGUAGAACCGUAACCACGGAGACGGAAGAGGGCGUACCCGUCACAGAGUACGCCAACGGGUAUUUAGCACCACCGAAGCUACCCUGGACUACUUCCACGGCGCUGGCGCUCAAGGCAUACUGGAAAUGGGUUUGGACAAUCCCUGGGUUCUUGAUCACGCUCUACGGCCUCAACGUCGUCGCAUGGGGCGGCAUGCUCUUCCUCCUCCUGUGCAACGCGUCGCCCGCCAUGUGCCACCCGGACUGCAACGCCCUCUACUCCCCGCGCCGCGUCUGGAUCGAAAUCGACUCGCAGAUCCUCAACGCGCUCUUCUGCGUCACCGGCUUCGGCCUCGUCCCCUGGCGCUUCCGCGACUGCUGGUGGUGGGCCGUCUGGCGCUUCGGGUGCGGCAAGGCCUCCUGGGGCGCGACGCGCGCAGAGCGCCGCUCGUACGGCCUCCGCAGGCUCGCCGGCAUCAACCGCGGCUGGUUCAGGCUGGCCGGCAGCGAGGCUCUGCCGCCGACUUUCCCCGACCAUCAGGACCCGCAGAAUCCGGCGAAGCCGAGGAAGCCCGCGAAAAAGGAUGAAUCGGGGGAGCAGCGGCGGCAGGAUGAGGGGCCGGUCGUCACGGUGCCUGAGGGUUUUGAUGAAAAGGUGUUGCCGGCGCCGCUCUGGAAGACUCCCGACCCGCCGCCGACGGGCGUGCGUGCGCCGCCGACGAGCCCGUGGAAGCUGGAUUUCGUCGUGUGGUGCAAUAUGUGGAACACGUUUUUGCAGGCUUGCUUGGCCGGGUUCAUGUGGGGGUUGAACCGGUUCGAUAGGCCGUCGUGGUCGACUGGAUUGUUCGUUGCUUUGGCGUGCAUCGUCUCGGCCGUGGGUGGCCUUUGCAUUUUCCUGGAGGGAAAGGCGGUAAAGAAGGUGGAGGGCGUGCCGAUGGAGAGCUGGAGGAAAAAUGAGAGGGUGGCGUUAGAUGAGGAGAAGGCGGCGAGACUGGAGGAACGAAAUGAAUGA